UUGUUUUUAAGUGGCCGGAUGUGACGUCAUGCGUUUGGCAUGCGCGUUUUAUCGAGGAAGAACCGACGCAGUGUUAGCCACAGUAAACAUUUCUGUAAACAUUGGCGAAUAGGACGACUUGUCUUCGUCGUAAAGAUGGAGUUGUAAGGUCAACUUGUGGGUGUGGCACCGAACAUUGUUCUUCAGUGAUUGUAAUCCAAGCCAAUGCGCAGGGCCACCAGCGCACGCCAAGACACCACAGGAAUGGACAUCACCAGCCGCUGUACCCUGGGGGACCCCAAUAAACUCCCUGAAGGGGUCCCCCAGCCCGCCCGUAUGCCCUAUGUCUCGGACAAACACCCGCGGCAGACCCUGGAGGUGAUCAACCUGCUGAGAAAACACCGGGAGCUUUGCGAUGUUGUGCUGGUCGUCGGGUCCAAGAAGAUUUAUGCUCAUCGGGUGAUCCUGUCUGCAUGCAGCCCCUACUUCAGGGCGAUGUUUACUGGAGAGCUAGCAGAGAGCAGGCAGACGGAGGUGGUGAUUCGUGACAUUGAUGAGCGAGCCAUGGAACUUCUCAUUGACUUUGCCUACACCUCACAGGUGACUGUUGAGGAAGGAAACGUGCAGACACUUUUACCUGCGGCCUGCCUCCUCCAGCUGGCAGAGAUCCAGGAGGCCUGCUGUGAGUUUCUGAAGAGGCAGCUGGAUCCUUCAAAUUGUCUGGGCAUCAGGGCAUUUGCUGACACGCACUCCUGUCGUGAACUUCUGCGAAUCGCUGAUAAGUUUACUCAGCACAAUUUUCAGGAGGUCAUGGAAAGUGAGGAGUUCAUGCUGUUACCAGCAAACCAGCUGAUUGACAUCAUCUCCAGCGACGAGCUCAACGUACGGAGCGAAGAGCAGGUCUUUAACGCAGUGAUGGCCUGGGUCAAAUACAGCAUCCAGGAACGUAGGCCGCAGCUUCCACAGGUCCUACAGCACGUUCGUCUGCCGCUGCUCAGUCCCAAAUUCCUGGUUGGCACCGUGGGCUCGGAUCCCCUCAUCAAGAGUGAUGAAGAGUGCAGAGACCUGGUUGAUGAAGCUAAGAAUUACCUCCUGCUGCCACAGGAGAGGCCGCUAAUGCAGGGUCCAAGGACACGGCCCAGGAAACCCAUCCGCUGUGGAGAGGUGCUUUUUGCAGUUGGAGGUUGGUGCAGUGGAGAUGCCAUUUCCAGCGUGGAGCGUUACGAUCCUCAGACCAACGAAUGGCGAAUGGUGGCAUCUAUGAGCAAGCGGCGAUGCGGAGUUGGUGUUAGUGUUCUAGAUGACUUGCUGUACGCGGUGGGAGGCCACGACGGCUCAUCAUAUCUGAACUCUGUGGAGAGAUAUGACCCAAAGACCAACCAGUGGAGCAGUGAUGUAGCUCCCACAAGCACCUGUCGUACCAGUGUGGGCGUGGCUGUCCUCGGUGGUUAUCUGUACGCUGUGGGAGGUCAGGACGGUGUUUCCUGCCUCAACAUUGUUGAAAGAUAUGAUCCUAAAGAGAACAAAUGGACUCGUGUGGCCUCCAUGAGCACCAGACGACUGGGCGUAGCCGUGGCUGUGUUAGGUGGGUUUCUCUACGCUGUUGGUGGUUCAGACGGGACGUCACCUUUGAAUACAGUGGAACGCUACAACCCGCAGGAGAACCGAUGGCACACAGUGUCUCCGAUGGGGACCAGAAGGAAACAUCUGGGCUGUGCCGUCUACCAGGACAUGAUCUAUUCUGUUGGAGGAAGAGACGACACUACAGAACUGAGCAGUGCAGAAAGAUACAAUCCCAGAACCAACCAGUGGUCUCCUGUGGUGGCCAUGACCUCUAGACGCAGUGGGGUGGGCUUGGCUGUGGUCAAUGGUCAGCUGAUGGCUGUGGGAGGCUUUGAUGGGACGACAUAUCUAAAAACUAUAGAAGUUUACGACCCUGACGCCAACACGUGGAGAUUGUACGGAGGAAUGAACUACCGACGGCUAGGUGGAGGUGUGGGUGUGAUUAAAAUGACUCACUGUGAAUCUCACAUAUGGUAAUGCCACCUCCACAGACCCGGCCCCCACUCAUGUACUCCCAGGCUCACUUCUCAUCACACUGCAGUGAAUGCCUCUUUUCACUCACUCUUGUGCCUCCAGAAGAGACGUUGCCCAAUCAUGCAGGGAUGAGGAAAGGUGUGUGUGUACGGAGGACAAACUUCUGAAGCGUAGCUCGGCUCCACCUGCUCAUCCAUUAUCGCUCCGGGCUGAGUGCCUAUGGUCAACUCUUCCCAACUGUGGUCAGCAUGAAACCUGCUGAGUACCAUCAAAGAGAGGAUACUCCUUCUCCAGUUACUCCUUGAAGUUUUCAUCCUUCAGCUGCGGACAUGUGAAUGGGUUGACACUAAACUUGGACGUUGGUGAAGAUACUUUACUUACCAGAAGAGUUUUUUUUUUUAUUUUUAUUUUAUUUUUCCAUCUGUAAGAGCCUCCAUCACAUAUUUCCACAUCUCUAGUGACUUGUAUACGUGUCGGGUCUGAUUUUGUGGAACGUAGAAAACUAGUUGCUCAUUCUGUCUUUGCUGGUCCUUAGAGAGUCAUCUUCACUGUGGAUCUGUAGUAUCAUUUGGAUACGACACACAGGUAGUCUUUUUCUUCUUUACUUUCUUUUUUUGAACUGCAUUUAAAUGGGACCGCUGCAUUGUUAAGAAUCCUGGGUAUUUCUAGGCAAGUUGUCACAUCAUGGAGCUGUGUAGCUGCCCAAAAAAAUGUAGUGUGGACACUGUCAACCCUCAAGUUCAUUUUAAAAAUGUGAAAUGAGAAACAGUCCAUCAGAGUUUGUUUACAACUGUUGCCAUGGUAACUAAAAUUUCAACCAUUUGGCUUAAACCAAAUAUUUAUUAAACCCAGAAAUGUAAAUGUUCAGUGUUCCUUUUUACAGUGGAGUGUGAGCGGGGGGGGGGGGCUUAUCGGUGGUGUGUAAUGUAGCAGAGCUCACCUAUCUAAUGAGUUACAUUCAUUUAUAUUAAGGGUCACAGAUACUUCAGUAGAAGCUGUCAGAGGUCAAGUGUUAAAGCUAAUUUUAACCUCCCUUUUCACUUUCUCCACUUCUGCUUUCAUUAAGCACUCAGAUACAGAAUGAGAAAUUAGCCCCCUCUGUUGGUGAAACCGUUAAACUGCAGGUUAAAUGUUAUCAAUAAUAUUUCCUGCAUUCUUCCCAACAGUCCUUCAGGGUACGUCUGCACUCGGACCAGUGUAACACAGAUAUUUUGAGAAGCUGGUUUUAUUUUGUUUUUGUUUUUUUUAUAUCAUCUUUCAUUAUUUAUUGCACUGUGAUUGGAAAACAUUUUAGAAUUUUUUCUUAGUUGUUAUUCUUAUGGGUGUUAAACUUGCGAGUGUGUGGGGUAAACGACGAAGAUCAAAAUGUAGAUGGGACAUUUUUCACCUCACUUUGAUAUGAAGUAGGUUUGUUUCAAAAUGUGACUUCACGUGCGCUACAGCGAUGCACUUUGGAUGUGUGUAGAACAAAUGGACACAAGUGAGAGACGUCUUGCAGUGAGUUCUGAUCAUACAAUUGAACGAAGGAGAACGUCCUCACGGGACUGGUGUUGGUGCUCAUUGACAGAACAGUUUGACUUCAGUUGAUGCAGUUCCCAUGGUGUCCACAACACAGGAUCACUGCAUGGCUGCUGAUGCAUCCAUGAUGCUUCAUGUCUGACCUCUGUGUAUUAUUUAGAAAUUUCUAUCUGAUAAAUGUCUGUUGACCAACUACAGACAUUUACACUAGUCAUCAGAAUUUUUGCUCUCCUUUUUUUCUGCCAUGGAAUUAGAUGAAAAAGGAAACAUGAUAAAAUACUUUUUUUUUUGGGUGGCACUGGCUUCAAGUAUUGCAUAAAUGGUUUUAUUCUCAACCUGUAGAUUUGUGUGUGAGAUGGUCCUGUAGAAAGUUUUAUUUUUAUAAAAUGUUGACUUUCGUGGGCCUGAAAAAACAAUGUGACUGAAUGUUUCAAGUUUUCAAGUCAAGAUUUUCAUUAGCUGCAUGUUUUUUUCCCUCUACAUUGGUCUGUCAUCAUCUUCAACACCACAUCAGUUUUCUUUAAAACUCCAGCAUGGUAUUAUUUAAAUAGACACUGAUUGGUUCCCAGUGACCAGCGCAGCGUGACUGUUUUGGCUCCAAAACUUUAGUUUCAUUCAGGCCACUUACUGUAGUUCUGCAUUUUGACUGUUAUGAAUAGGACUCCACCAGCCUCCAGACUGUAGCCCUGCUCUGUGUUAGUCUCUGUGUUGGCUCUCUACUCUGAGGCCAGCUGUAUGGUUAUGGUCUGUGGUGUAUGAUCUGAUGACGUGAGCAGUGACCAUCUCUCAGCUGUGAUCACAACAUGUGCUCUGGACCAUAUACCCUAUGACCACCAUUAAACUUUUUCCCUGGAAAA